GGGGGCGAGAGCGAGAUCCCGGAAGUGCCGCAGGUCCGGGUAGGGAGCGGAGCGCCAGCAAGAUGUCGGAGCGGAAGGUUUUAAACAAAUACUACCCGCCGGACUUCGACCCGUCGAAGAUCCCCAAGCUCAAGCUCCCAAAGGACCGGCAGUAUGUGGUGCGGCUCAUGGCGCCCUUCAACAUGCGGUGCAAGACAUGUGGGGAGUACAUCUACAAGGGCAAAAAGUUUAACGCCCGCAAGGAGACGGUGCAGAAUGAGAUGUACUUGGGGCUCCCCAUCUUCCGCUUCUACAUCAAGUGCACCCGGUGCCUAGCAGAGAUCACAUUCAAGACAGAUCCUGAGAACACGGACUACACCAUGGAGCACGGGGCCACACGCAACUUCCAAGCGGAGAAACUUCUGGAGGAGGAAGAGAAGCGAAUGCAGAAGGAGCGGGAUGAAGAAGAGCUAAACAAUCCCAUGAAGGUCUUGGAGAACCGCACCAAGGACUCCAAGCUGGAGAUGGAGGUUCUGGAGAACCUGCAGGAGCUGAAGGAGCUCAACCAGCGGCAGGCAAAUGUGGACUUUGAGUCUAUGUUGAAGCAGUACAAGGAGUAUGAGGAGGAGCAGAAACGCCAGGAGAAGGAGGAAGACGAGCAAGAGCUGAAAGCGAUGUUGGAGGAGGCGCAGAGCCGGCGGUUGCUGCAAGAUUCCGACUCGGACGAGGAACCUGCCCAAGUGUCCCCGCACCCGGCAGCAAAACCGAAACCCACAGACUUCCUCCAGGAGGACACUGAGCCCCAGAGCAAGAAGCUGAGGGCAGAGAACUGGGAAAAGAGUGUGGGCAAGCUCAACAGCAAGCCCCAGCUGGCUGGGCUGGUCACGGUGAAGAAGCAGAACCCAGGCUCAGCUGUUGCAAACGGGAUGGGGAAGCUGCCAGCACUGCCGAGCACAGGUGCUGGGAGUCGGAGCAUUCCCUUGCCUGCGGGGACCCAGCCUGCACCAGCAGCCCAGGGCUCUUCCCUCAGCUUGCUGGGGGCGUACUCGGAUAGCGAAGACAGCCCCAGCGACUGACCCAGAGUGCCCGCUCUCCUUUUUGCUCCCCUCCCCCAGCCAAUGAGAGGGGCACAGUCAGAAGGUGCAGCAGGACUGGGAUUACCUUCCCUCACCCAGCCAGCACUCUGCAUAACAAAGCUGACCAUAGAGUUGGCUUCCUGUAGCAGAGAGCGUCCCAGGCCAUCUGCACAUGCUGCCGACCAUCUGUAAUCAGAGCGGCUCUCCCUGCCUGGGAAGAGCCUUGCUAAUACGCUGUCAUGUUGCAGCAUGCCUUCAAACCAGGCCCUAGAGCAUGAUCGCCGCCAGGCAUCUCUGUAUCGCCAUCCACUACCCCGGCUCCUGUCAGCCUGGUGUGAGUGAUGGCGACACCAGCAAACCAGCCCCCAGGGGACGCAGCUCCAUUAGAGGAGACAACUGCUGCUUGUCAGCGUCUCCGCAGUGAGCUUCCUGCUGUGGGUUUUGGGGCAGGGGCGAUGGGAGGGAGAUGCGCAAACCAGAGCUGUCCAGCUUGGGUGCAGAAGCAAAGCCUCAGCAGGGCUGAGCCCUAGAUGCCACCAGCUGAAGCUGGGAUCUGUUACCUGUGCAUUGGCAGCUAAGCUGGGUGGUAAUGGUGACAGCCAUGGAGUUCCCAGAGAGCAUAGCCUGCCUCUGUCCGUCACUGACUACCCUUCCCCGUGCUCCUCUUUUGACCACCAGCCAGUGUGGGUGCUUCACUGUCCACAUGGUGCUUCACUGUCCACAUGGGCUGCCCAAGUACUAACCCAGUUCACUCUCAGUGCAAUAAAGGGCCCUGAAAGAGUUUCUUUCCCUGCC